AACAAAGCCGAAAGAAGAAGAGUUAGAACACUCGUAAUGGUACAUAAAGAUACUUCAAAGCUUGAAGAAGAGGCUCAUGGAGUAAAUUUACAAAAAGAGAAAGAGAAGACUACAAAAGAGCAUGUUCCCAUUUAUUUCCAUCCAACUUUAAAUCCUUCUGGAUUACCACCACCUGGCGUUUCAGUUGAUGAUGAGAAGGAAGGAUCUUUCGAAGAUGAUAGUGGAAGUGAAUUCUCAGAUUAUGAUUCUGAAGCUGAAGCUAAGCAGGAAUCAGAUGAAGAUAUUCCAUUACCUCCAGGCUCACCACCUACGAAAGAAUCCGAUGAUGAACUACCGGAAUUACCUCCGGAUUUACCACCUGGACCACCGCCAAGAUCUAAUACAAAUAUGUCAUCAUAUUCUCCACUCAUGGCGAUACCAUCACAUCCUUCGCCAUUUGGUUUUAAUCAUCAAGGUUCACUAUUUCCCCCACCACCUGGGACUUUUGUAUUUAAUCCUCUUGGAUCGCCAAGUCAUCAAAGACCAAACAUGAGGACACCUCCACAUCCAACAUUUGGACCAGGACCCAUUCCAUUCUCAAGAGGUCCUCCACUAACAGCAUCAAUGCAUCCAAUACAGGGUCAAGGCUAUCCCGUGAGACCUUCGGAUGCGCCACAUCCUAGGCCUCCGCCUUUUAGUUCACAGGUUUCUCAUUAUGGCCCACCGCCUCAGAUACCGGGCGGCAAUAACAACAUCUCUUCACGAUCAUUUUCGCCAUCAACAAUAUCAAAUAACGCUCAACUUGCGAAAGCCAGUGCAGCAACUGCAACGCCCAUCAUUCAGGCAGCACCUCAAGUUAGGAACCUUCAAAAAGAACUAACGACCCUUAUACCAACUGCUCUACUUAGAAAGAAAGCAGCCGCUAAUAAACCUAAAGUAGCAAUACCCGUUGUUAAUGCUGCACCUAAUAUUGAUGAUGGUUUAGUAAACGAAUUAUCAACCGUUACACCUACCAAAAGGUCUGCAUCUACUACAAUACAUUUAUUACAAGAACAAAAACCAUCAGAAGUAGAUUCCUCACAAUCAAACGGGGGAAUUAUAUCAAGUAGUGCGCCACCACCUACAAAGAAAGCAAAGAAGAAGAAAGCUGAUGAAUAUGAGAAGUUUAUGGCAGAGAUGCAAGAUUUAUUGUAG